GCCUCCUCCGGACGCACAGGGCUGGCGCAGGGCGCGCGCAUGCUCGGCAGGCAGGGCAGCUGGGGUCUCGAGGCGCUGCAAUCUGUUGCGCCGCCGCCCACAAGAGCCGGCAGAUCCGGGUCUCGUGGCUAAGAGUGACGUGGUCAAUCGAAUCAAAACAGAGGAGGGGGAAGGAAGCCGGCGGCCAGGAGCAGCGGCGGUAGCGGCGUCCGGAGCAGCCGCAGCGUUCCGGAAGCUCCAGGCGGUCUUUCUGCCGAGCCUUGGUCCCGGCCCCUACCCUCCCCGCCCCAUCGGUGUUGUCUGGGCGGAUUUAAACAGUCAAGUAAAAUCAAGCCGGGUAAUCAUGGCAGAAGGUGGAUUCGAUCCCUGUGAAUGUGUUUGCUCUCAUGAACAUGCAAUGAGAAGGCUGAUCAAUCUGUUGCGGCAGUCCCAGUCCUACUGCACAGACACAGAAUGUCUUCAGGAAUUGCCAGGACCCUCUGGUGAUAAUGGCAUCAGUGUUACUAUGAUCUUGAUGGCCUGGAUGGUUAUUGCAGUGAUCUUAUUCUUACUGAGACCUCCUAAUCUAAGAGGAUCCAACCUAUCUGGAAAGCCAACCAGUGCUAACAAUGGGCAAGACCCACCAGCUCCUCCUGUGGACUAACUUUAUGAUAUUGGAAGUGAAAAUAGUUAACACCUUGCAAGACCAAACAAAUGAAGAUGACCAGAGUACUCUUACCCCCAUUAGAACUGUUUUUCCUUUUGCAUCUGCAAUAUGGGAUGGUAUUGUUUUCAUGAGCUUCUAGAAAUUUCAUUUGCAAGCUUAUUUUUGCUUCCUGUGUUAUAACCAUUCCUAUUUACAGUAUAUUUGAGUAAAUGAUUAUAUUAAAAAAAGUUACAUGGGGCUUUUUUGGUUGUCCUAAACUUAAACAUUCCACUCAUUCUGUUUGUAACUGUGAUCAUAAUUUUUUUAAUGAUUUCUGGCCUGAUUGAAGGACAUUUGAGAGCUCUGCAUUUAAAUAUUUUAAAUAGUUUUGGUAGGUUUUUAAAUUGCUUUUUAAAAUAAGGUAUUUAUAAAGUUAUUUAGGGUUGUCUAAGAUUGUAUGAAAAAAAAUUAGAACCACACUGUAUUUACAUUUACUUUGGUAGUUUUAUUUGUGGAUGGCAGUUUUCUCUAGUUCUUAGGACUGUGGCAGCUCUUAGAAUAUUUUACAAAUUUCAGCUGAAAUCUGUAUCAUCUAUUACAACUGGCGCAGGUGGCUAGAAUACGAGGAGAGAAAAAAAUGAAAUGGUUGUUUACUAACUUUUCUACUCCUAUUAAAAAUGUCUAAUGUAAUGAAAAUUUGAAUAAACAUGAUUGAUCAAUAUGGUAGAUGAUUUACAGUCCAUUAUCUGACAUUUGUAAGCCACUGUGCACUAGCCUUGCAAGGUUUAUCAGAGGAGGAAAAAUUAAUUCUUCCUGCCUUUGCCCAUUGUAAUCUGUAUAGUAAUUAUUUAAGCUAUAAUUUAUUUUUAAAAUGAGUGCCUCUUGGGAAGCUUCUUUUCUGUUCUAACACUUCCCUGUCUUAAAGGUGUAUCAGGGCCUGUUAGGUUACUGACAUUUGAAUGCCUAUUUACUUCAUUUUUUUUAUUUGAAGAAAAAAUUUGAGGCUUUUGUUAUGCUUUUGACUUAUAGAAAUCUUUAAUAAAUUCUUGGUUUAUUCCAAGGAAAAAUAAGGAAAAUGAGAAGCAAUCAAGGAUCUUUUUCUCACCCCUUAUCUCAUUCCUGUUUGGUAAUGGGAUGGAUUGGGGUGGGAAGGAACUUUAAUAUAAGUGAAAUUUUCAAAUGUAUAAAAUAGUAAAAGGUUGCAUUGUUUUGCUCAUUUUGGAAAAAAGUCAAUAUAAAUAGCAUUUAAAAAUCUGUGUGACCUGCAUGGUUAUGGAAUUUUCUUCCUAGCAAGUGAUUGCAGAUGAUUUUGGGGAAGUAGAAGAUAUUUUGCUAGCGAUGUAAGGAUCUUUUUUCUCUUAGGUCAGGCUAGCUUUUUACUGUAUAGAUCUGUUAAAUUACUUGUAUGAAUUAAAUAAACUUCUUUGUAUCAUUGUACUGCUUAAUAGUCUCUGAUACAAUUGUGUGACACUCAUAGGCUAUAAUUUCCCUUUAUGACUACAUUCUAGGCCACAAACAUUGUUAAGGCAUCAUUUCAUUAUAUAUACCAAUAUUGACUGCUUGAAUUUCUCCUUAGCUUUGUGCUCAACUUCUUGAAUAACAUAAACAACUGUUAAUUACUUGUGCUAAUAGAAGGGUAAUAUAACACAGGUAAGUUAUACCCUGCAUAAACAAAUAUCAUAGAGUAAAGGUUUUGGUUUUUUUUUUGCUGUGGCCUACUAGAAGUCUUUCUAGCUCUGUAGUUGGUAAAGUAUCUAAAGCAGAAAGCACCAGAACACCAUAAAAUGGAGCUGACUCCCUAUAGCAUUUCUUUCUCUGCCCUCGCCUCUUGAACUUUGAAGGGUUGCCCACAUAUCCUAACAAUCUGUUCUCUGAGCUGCUAGGAAGCCAAUCCCUGGCAGAGAUAACUGAUGUAGUCACUGAACCUAUAGCCUGCAAAUAAUUGAGAAUGGCUUUGGUAGAACAAGUUGCCAGAACAUGGAUACAGAAUGUUUAGUAUUAGACACUUAAAAAUCUGGAUUCUUAUUCCUAGUUCUGUCACAUACACUUAAUUGACAUAUGUAAGUGUUUUCAUAUAUGGGCCAUUUAUUUAGUAACAAAUGUUCUUGGUAAAAGAUUGAGUCUUGGAUUUUUUUGCUUGUAAAAUUUCUCUGCAUACCUGAGACGGUGUACUGCACAUAUUCUUGUUAACCUAACUAGUAAUUUCUAUUUAAUUCUUAAAGCUUCUAGGUGUGACCUUUUUUAUUGAGUACACUCUUAAAUCAUUACUUAGCUUAUAAAUAUCCACCUGAACUGUGGCUACAAUUUUUAAAAAAGUAGUCUGGAAAAAAGAAAAAUAAAGCUUACAUUUUCAACACUUUUGGCUCUUAAACAUUUCACAAAUGCCAUAAAGACUUUAUUUUGUUUUAGAGUCAUUUAAUGUUCUUUUAUGCAAAAUAAUGGUGGGGUAUUUUGGGUUUGUUUUUUGAUUUUGCUUUCCACCUGGAAAGCAUUAACAUUGGAAGUGUUUAGUAAAAGAUUUUAUCAUGUUAUCUGUGUAAGCACUAUCCUAUAGUCAGUAUGUUAUAUUUUAUAACUUGCAGAGAUUUUCUGAAUUAACUAUUGAAUACAGCUAUUCCGUGGUUACUUUUAGUGUCUUUAUGGUAUGUGAUGUAAUAGCGUUUCUGGAAUUACUAAUAUCUUAAGUUUUCAAAGGUAUCUUGGAAGUCUAUCACUCUAAAUGAAAGUCUGUCACUCGAACACAUGCUCAAUUUGACCAGCUCAGUUUAUGACACAAAACAGCAACCUGAAGGAGAAAAUGAAGAGAGUUUACCUGUAAUGGGUUAAACUUUUGUUGUUGCAAUAGUAAGUUUAGUCUUAAUAAUAUUUCACAAUGAAAAAUCAUGUAUUUGUUGCCAUGUCUGAUGAUGACUUUGUUAAAACUAAAAGUGGUCAUGUGAUCUACUAAGUGAUAACUGCUGUUUUUUUAAAUCAUGCCAAAUCAUGUCUGUGCCAUCCAGGGUUUAUUGUUAAUCAUUUACUGAGUACUUGGAUUGGGGUAAAGGGCUUGUACUAUGCACUUUUUAUUAAUGAAUAAAUAGAAAACAUUAGUAACA